AUGGCGUCCGUCUCGUUCUUCCUCAUCUUAUUUUGCUUGUCUUUGUUCACUGCAGUGCUUGGAUUAGAAACUGAUGACUGUAAGCCCACCAGUUGCAAGAAACACGGGCCUAAGAUUCGAUUUCCUUUCAGGAUAAAAAAGCGAAGCCCGGAAUACUGUGGGUAUCGAGGUUUUGAAGUGUUUUGCAAUGAGAAAAACGAGACUAUGCUUCUACUGCCUUCCUCUGUACAAGUUGCAGUAAAGCACAUCGACUAUGUUACCCAACAAAUUCAUCUUUAUGACCCUGAAAAUUGCCUCCCCCGAAAGCUACCACAGCUAAACUUAUCGUCAUCCAAUUCCCCGUUUCGGUUCUCAUAUGACAACUACAAUUAUACCAUGUUUAAUUGUUCUGCACCUUUCGAAAACCGUUGUGGUGUCCCAAUUCCUUGUCUUGAUGAUUCCAGAUUGAAACGUAUAGAAAGAUCCCGAGUGUUCUGA